AUGAUGUCGUCGUUGGCUGCUGCUUUGCGCCGCAUUUGUAUGCCGAAACCUGCCAGCGGAAAGCUGGAGGUUUCCCAGGAGAUCCACAGGCAGUUCAAAGCUGGAGGUCAACAGCGAAAAUGCUUGUUGGACAUGUUGGUGAAAUCUAAGGGCAACAAGGAAGUAUUUCUGAAAACCAUCGAGCACCAGCAGAAAAAGUCCCGGAAGAACAACUUGCAUGUGGAAAAGGGGUUCUACACCAAAGCAAACAUGAAGAAGGACUUAGGAUGGGAUGCGGAUAGGAUUAAAGCUGCAGUGAAAUACUGCGCUGACCCACGCAGAGCCAAGACUCACGUCAGGCGGGACAAAUACCAGAGCCACAUCAAGGAGUAUUGGGUGGAUGUGCAAACAACCGGCAGUUUCGAUGAUGAGAAUGAAGAAACCUUUGUAGAUAAGACCACGGAGGAGGGACAAGCUGCGUCCUUCGACUUGGGGCUCCCAGCCACUGACCCAUGCGCAGCAGCACGAGGUGAAGAUGAGCCUGAGCCAGUGGACACCGACCAUGAGGUCGACGAUGACAUGGACGACGGCACCAGCAGCAGAAUGAGCAGAACACGGGUUCCCCCCAGAAGUGAAGUUCAAAAAGAACACGCCCUAGAGGCCAUUGAGAAUGUUGGGACUGUGAUGUCACAACUCUUGAAAGUUCAGUCUCGCAUGGAGAUUGCCCGGGACAAGCUUUCAAAUAUCGAUGGCAACGAAGCCCAAGAGAGCAUGGCCAAAGUUGAGAAGUUUCGCACCAGCUUGAUGAAAUUGCAUGACGAGUUGGCGGACCUCAAGUCCUUUUUUGAUGGGCAUAUGAGUGACGAUGCUUUUGAUGAUGGGACAAUUCUGAAGGCUCCGCGAGCUGCCUCUGCCACCCCGAAGGCAAAGGCUAAGUCAAAAGCUGCUCCCAAAAAGAGGUCCAAGAAGGCUGCCCCCGUGGAGGAUGAGGAAGAAGCCCCCCCAACUACCAGGGGAAGGGGAAAGCCUCUGCAGGGGGAUGACGAUGAUCGGUUGAGCGCCAGCGCCUGGUUGCCUUCACGUGCUGGAUUUCCAGCAAGCACGGUUUGCGAAAUCAAUUUCGAUCGGCAAUUCUACCUCAGAGAGGGUAUCAAAUUUGAUUUGGGGAACAGAUCUUUGCAGAAAAGUCCACGGCCUCCACCAGAAGCGCCAGCACCAGCAAAGUUCAAGAGCGGUCCUGCUGCCAAAGCGCUUGCCAAAGCAGUGGCCAGUGGAGCUACUUGGCUUUGGUCUUGGUUUUGGGGGUAUCAGAAGCUGAAGCUUGCGCCCUUGCCCGGGCAUUUUGGGAAGAGUUUUCACACCUUGUUUGUUCGCAAUUUUGCUGACUAUGGCCUAGCGGCCGACAUUCCGCUAAGUUUCUACGAUGUGGGACUGAAAGGAAAACACCCUGCAUUGGCAUUGUCUGACAUCGUCAAGUGCUUUGACCAAAAGAACAAACUGGAGGUCGAGAGGGGCAGUGCAUACCAGUCUGCGUACAUUGCGAUGAAGGUGGGCACAUUAUUGCGGCAUUUUGGGCGGCAAGUGAAAUCUGGAAACGGUGGUGGCCAUGGUAUUUGUCACCUGUGCCAAGCAGACCGGCCAUCCUUCGAGAAUUGGCAUGAUGUGAGCUGGGCAAACAUGUGCAAAAUGCACAAUGGUUGUCUACUACCAUGGGUGCGUGAGCCCGGACUCUUGGCGGCGGUCCCGAUCCCCGAUGAAUACAAGGCAGAAUUCUUUCGCUUCGACAUUUUCCAUGCAUUGCACAAAGGAUUGAUGGCAGACAUGGAACAACUUUUUGUAAUGCUGCCUGUAGAAUAUCAGGUCUGCUGCUUCGACGGCGAAGUCUUUGGGGCAGGUUCUUUUGAGCGUCUUUGUGACGUUUGCUUUGCUGAGCUCAAGGAAUUCUGCAGAAGCCACUCCAUGACACUCCACAUGAGCGGCCUAACCCGCACUCUGUUGGGUUUCAUGCGCUCUAGCGACUAUCCUACAGGGAAUUGGUUCAAAGGAGCCGAUACUGUGUGCAUUUUGGCCUUUCUGGAGUCGCGGAUUGCAGAGUCGCUGGCUGAUUUGGACGAUUCUGCCAAAUCCCUUUUUUCGGAAAUUUAUGAGAUGAUAGCUGCAGCAAAUAGCUUCAUGCGUUGCAUUUACCACUCAGCGCUCUGGCUGACUUCGGAUGAACGAGACCAUCUCCUGAUUUCUGGCCACAAGUGCGUAAACUAUUUCCACAAGUGUGCCCAAAGGGCCUUUGAUGCGCACGUGACACGAUGGAAAUACAUGCCCAAGAUUCACCUUUUUGGUGAGAUCCUGUUUUUCUUAGAGCGCGACAAGCGAAGGAAUAUUCCCAGUUUAAACCCCCUUUCGUUUUGCACGCAGCAAGACGAAGAUUUUGUUGGCAGGAUUGCAGUCCUAUCGCGUGCUGUAUCGGUUAGAACGGUGCACUCGCGUACGAUAGGUCGCUACUUAGUGUCUUUGGCAUCCAGUUGGUGA